AUGGAUCAAAGUUUGCUCUGCGAUGAGGUGUGGCCUUCCAGCCCUUUGGCGACUGCUAAGAACUACAUGAUUGAUUGUGAAACAUUAUCAAUGUAUGCAAGAAGUAAGCGAGACUAUGAUGAAUCUUUUACCAUAUGCUUGGAGAAGGAGAUGAGUUACAUGCCCCAACCGAACUACGUAGAGAAUCUCUGCUCAAAUAAUUUGGUCAUUGCUAGGUUUAAAAGCAUCCAAUGGUUUGUCAAGUCUGGAAGCCGCUUGAACCUCUCCCUUGGAACUGUUUUCUAUGCUGCAAACUAUCUUGAUCGAUUCAUAUCUAUGAAUAAUGCAUGGAAAUACUGGAUGGUGGAAUUGUUGUCCAUUGCUUGCUUAUCCAUUGCCUCCAAGUUUAAUGACACCUGCUCUCCUACCCUGCUUGAAAUUCAGAUGGAGGAUCUGGACUACUCUUUUGAUUCCAGCACAAUCCAACGAAUGGAAAUGAUGGUGCUAGAGGCAUUAGGAUGGCGCCUUGCUUCUACAACAGCUUAUUCCUACCUAGAACUGAUGUUAUCAUUGGCUGAGUUGGUCAAGUGCCAGAAGAUCAUGGAAGCACAAUCAGUAGCUGAUGAUUGCUUAUACAACUUAUUAGCUUACGGAGCAUUCCAUUUCUGCCCUUCGAGUCCUACAACUGUGUUGCUCAAGGAGAAGAUUAACCUUUCUCAGUAUCAUGUUGAUUUCUCAGUCUUUAACUUGAGAGCUCCAAAUGUGGACGCUGCAGAAUCAACAAGGAUCUGCCAGAAGAGAAAGAGGGAAGAGUGA